UUUAGUGACACCCCCAUUCACCUAAAUCUUUCUGGUUAAAAAAAUAUAUGACAAGCUUCAGUUGCCAGAACCCAUUAUUUCAAACAUAAAUAUUAUUCUUUCACAAUCUCUUUGCCAUUUUCACAAUAACACCACUGACACAGUCAAACUCGAACAAUUUACAUUCAACCCAUUGCACUUGCAUUGCAUUUCACCUAUUUCCUCUCUUCUCUUCUAAACCAAACCAAACCACUCUUUCACUCUCACUUAUUAAAAGCUGCGUAACGUUCACUGAUCCCAUUUCUUCCCCGAACCUUCCGUCCACAUCUAACAAUACCCAUUUCCCCCAAACCACCAAAGCCAUCACCUUUUCUAUUUUGGCCCACACCGCACAUGGCAUAGCUAACCCAUAAGAUUUGGGGUUGGUUGGCAGUUGGCACCGUCACCUUAACUCUUAUCCUUCUUUGGGGUUUCUUUUUUGGAAUCCCUGAACUGAUUUUCGGGUUGUGAAUAUGGCGGUGGAGAAGGGUGUUGAGAUGGUGGCAUUGGAGAGUUUGGGAAAAGGGUUCGAUUUGGCCAGCGACUAUCGCUUGAGGUUUGCAAAGGGAAUUCGUAGAGGGAGGUUGGUGGUGCUUGAUGAACAGAACAAGAGGGAUAUUUUGAUUCCUGGAACUGGAGGAGUUACCAUUAAGGGGGUUUCUGAGAAUAUUCGUUGUGAUAAAGGGGAUAGAAUACGCUUCAAGAGUGAUGUACUUGAAUUCAACCAGAUGUCUGAGCUGCUUAAUCAGAAAUCAGCAGUGCAAGGGAAAGUUCCUUCUGGCUAUUUUAACGCGCUUUUUGAUUUGAGUGGUGAUUGGUUUCGGGAUGCUGCUGACACCAAAUAUCUCGCUUUUGAUGGCUAUUUCAUUUCACUUUACUAUUUGCACCUCACUGCUUCUCCACUCGUACUGCAAGAGGAGGUAAAGAAGUCUGUUCCUGCUCACUGGGAUCCAGCUUCAUUGUCUAGGUUCAUCCAGACAUAUGGCACACACAUAAUAGUGGGUAUGGCUGUCGGAGGUCAAGAUUUGAUCUGUGUCAAACAAAAACAUUCUUCAAAGAUUCCUCCUGGCGAUCUCAGAAGACAUUUAGAGGAUCUUGGUGAUUUUUUAUUCUCAGAUGUGAGAAGCCCUUCUUUACUACAGAGGAAGGCAGCAGAUGGCAAACAGAAGGUCCCAGAGGUCUUUAACCGUGUAAUGCAGUCAAACACAAUGCAGUUCACUAGCAUUUCAGAAACAUCGAGCAAGGAUGGCCUUACUGUUAUUUGCUCAAAAAGAGGAGGAGAUAUGUUCAAGCACAGUCACUCAAAUUGGCUUCAGACAGUGCCUUCUAAUCCUGAAGCAAUCCUCUUCAAGUUUGUUCCUAUUUCCUCACUUCUGACAGGAAUUCCUGGAAGUGGAUAUCUUAGCCAUGCAAUCAAUCUGUAUCUACGAUAUAAACCUUCUCCUGAAGAUUUACAAUACUUUUUGGAGUUUCAAAUUCCAAGGCAAUGGGCACCCAUGUUUUGUGAGCUUCCGCUCAGGCAUCAGCGAAAAAAGAGUGCUUCCCCAUCCCUUCAAUUUAGUUUCAUGGGUCCAAAGCUUCAUGUAAUCUCUACACAGGUUGUAAGUGAAGAAAAACCAGUGGUUGGCCUACGCUUGUACUUGGAGGGCAAGAAAUGUGACAGACUUGCUUUACACAUACAACAUCUUUCAAGCCUACCAAAUAAAAUGAUCCUCUCUUCAGGAACCUCAACAUCGAGCAUGCCAUGUAUGUGGCGAGGAUCUGAUGAUAGUGGAUCCAGCGAUCAAUUUUUGGAAAGAAUCAGAUGGAAGAGGUUCUCAAAUGUGUGCACAGCAGUGGUUAAGCAUGAUCCUAACUGGUUGAAUAGUUCUGGAGGUGUUUAUAUUGUUACUGGUGCACAACUCCUUAGCAGAGGGAGCUGGCCAAGGAAUGUGCUUCAUCUGCGUCUUCUUUUUACUCAUAUAUCCAAUUGCAGUAUCCGAAAAUCUGAGUGGACCGCUGCACCAGAGGCUUCAAAAAAGUCAUCUUUUCUCACAAAUUUGAGCACAACAUUUUCAUUCACACAGCAGAGCCCUACUGGUCCUCCAAAACAGGCUCCAACUGCACUUAACUCUGGAGUUUAUCCAGAUGGUCCACCUGUGCCGGUUCGUUCCAGUAAACUACUUAAAUACGUGGAGACAGCCGAGGUUGUGCGAGGCCCUCAUGAUGCUCCUGGCCAUUGGUUGGUAACAGCUGCCAAGCUUGUGACUGAUGGUGGUAAAAUUGGAUUGCAGGUGAAGUUUGCAUUGCUAGAUUAUUGGUGAUUCCAGGCUUCUGUUCAGAGUAAUAUAUUGGUUGUCAUGUGUUGUUGCUAAAAUAUUUUUGAAACUUUAGAUCUCGUGUAUAUAUUCUUUCUGUAGGCUUUGUACAGUACAGUAUACAAAAUGAGUGGCUGUUGACAUCGGGCAAUAGAAAAUUAAAAUUUGGUUAUUUUUCUAUUCUGGAUA